AGAUCUUGACGUCACGUACAAUCGUCACAUGAAAGAUAACUGAGCUCGCUUUUCAUUUAUUUGUCUUAGUAUCUACUAUGUUACCUCCUCUCCAGUAUUCCUUGUCCUCGCCUUGAACUACUAGCUCUGUGCAAUCGUAUUCAACCAUGAGCUCUGAAUACUUGUGUCUUCCCCCGCUGGCAGAGCUGAAGCCCAACAAGCCUGUUCCGUUUUCCAUCCGCUUCAGCCCUGAUCUAAUUCAACUUACGCAACAGAAGCUCCAACUUGCCCGAUAUCCCUUCGAGCAAAGCGAUUUCGGGCCUGAUGACUGGUCGCAAGGUGCAAAAGUGGACAAAGUGAGACAAUUGGUCCAGUACUGGCGCAAUGAAUACGAUUGGGAAAAGCAGGAGAAAUUCCUCAAUGCCACGUUCAACCAUUACCUGGUCAAGCUUCAAGUCCCAGGCUACGGCCCACUCGUGUUGCACUUUACGCAUGCCAAGUCGUCAAGCGCAAAUGCUACCCCGCUACUCUUUUCGCAUGGUUGGCCAGGUUCUUUUGUAGAAGCCUCCAAGGUUGUCACGCAACUCAGCAAUCCCAAAAACCCGACCGACCUAUCCUUUCAUGUCGUCGCACCAUCAAUACCCGGAUUCGGCUUCUCUCCUGCCCCGAAAAAGUCAGGAGUAGGUCCCGAGGUUACAGCUCGAGCGUUCACGAUCCUCAUGACGGAUAUCCUUGGGUACAAGUGGUUUGUGACCCAAGGCGGCGAUUUUGGGUCCUUCAUCACCAGGUCGAUGGCCAUUCAAUUCCCUGACGUCGUUCGAGCGCAACACCUAAACAUGUUUCCCGUCCCACCCCCAACACUGUUCUCCGCCCCCCUGGCCUACCUUCGUUGGUGUCUGUCAAAGAUUUUGUACUCUGACUUUGAGCAUGAGGCCUUACGUGUGAGGCGCAAUUUCGAGAUUGACCAGAGUGGCUAUUUAGAACAACAGAAGACAAGGCCUCAGACGCUGGGGUUUGCACUGGGAGAUUCACCUGUAGGCUUGUUGGGCUGGUUUGUUGAAAAGUUCCAUGACUGGGGUCAUGUUGACGAAGCCUUUGAUCCAGAGUUAGUCAUAACUCUAGUAGUCAUGCAUUGGAUCCAGGGAGCAACGCCUGGUCUAAGAUUCUACCGUGAGGCCUUCGGGGCGCGACGCGAGGCGGAGAAGACGUUCGAGACAUAUGUCAAUUGCCCUACUGGCGUUAGUAUGUAUGCUAAAGAACAACUACAUUGUCCUCAAGAUUGGGCGCAACAGGCUGCUAACAUCAAAUAUUGGAGGGAGUACGGAGUUGGAGGCCAUUUUUCAUCCCUAGAGUGCCCAGAAGCUUUCAUUCAAGACAUAAGGGCUUUUUUUGCUUCAGAUUCAGUCAAGAGGUCAAUCCGCGACGUGGCAGGAGGUCUAUGAGCUGUGGUAGUGCUAAAUAGUCAGGCAAUAAGUUACCUAGUUGACCAAGAGGCUAAAGACGACACGAACUUCACAAGAGUAGACAAAACCGACUCGGGAUAAAAGCCUCCUUCUUCUCUAUUACCCCCACUGCAUGCUGGUGCAUGUCUGGUGGUGUUUAGAAUGCAAGGUAACAUAAUAAACCCCUCGUAAGUAUUAAUACACUAAAU